AUGGGUAGAAAACUGGAUGCUCUUCUGGGGAGAAACUUCAGAGCCUGCAAAUUGAAGGUUGUAACAAACCUUGCUGUCUCAAGGAUCACCAUCCUCAGAAAGCAGAGGCAAGCUCGGUAUUCACAGGCCAGGUCCGAUGUGGUCGACAUCCUGAAACUUCAACAACACGAAAGAGCACUCAUUCGCGUAGAGUUUGUGGUGAAGGAUCGAAACAUGCUCGAUGCGCUUGACAUGAUGGAGAACUACUGCAGGUUCCUGAUAGAGAGAGUCAUGCUUCUUGAGAAGAACAAGUUGGGUCUCAAACUUGCUUGUUUGUUUAAUGAAUUCACGUUUGCUGAUUUCCCACAUGUUCCGACUGGGUGUGCAGAGUUCCCUGAACUGCAAGAGAUUCGUGGCAUCUUCCAACUGCGAUUCGGGAAGGAAUUCAUUGCUCGAGCCAUCGAGCUGCGCAACAACUGUGGAGUAAAUCCAAAGAAGCUCUCAGCAAGGCAGACAACCUUGGAAAGCAGUAUUGAAUUGUUGAGAAGCAUUGCUUCUGAGGUCCAUCUCACCCUCGAUUUGAAACUCCAUGAUCAUCUACCACAUGCAGUUGAGAUAAUGAGAAAGGACAUCGCCGAUAAUCAUCAAAUGAAGCAAGAAAGUUCAAUCCCAGAUGAAGAGCUUUCGUCUGAGCCGUUAAGAGCAAGAAACAAGUAUACAGAUGUAGCAGCUGCUGCACAGGAAGCUUUUGAAUCAGCAGCUUAUGCAGUCACAGCUGCUAGAGCUGCAAUCGAGCUCUCAAGAUCCAGAUCUCACCACUACUACCAAGAUGAUCACGACACUAGCAGCUCAGAAUCGGAAAGUGAUGAAAAAAGCACCAAGCUUGAUUCUGCUACCAAUGGAAAAGUUGCAGAGUCACCCACAAUCAUGGAUAAACAAAUUGUUUUAUAUGAGGCCUACGAGGAAGAAGAGGUUGAAAAUAAUCAGCAGCUACAUGGGAACAUACCAGCAGUACUAGAGCACCAUAACUUGGACCAAGAAAGUGGAGAAACCCUAAACUGGGAUGUGCUAAAAGUUUCAUCAGAUAUACACUCAAGCAAUUUGGAAAAGCAGUUACAUGUUCCCCUAUCUAGGAGAGUGAGGAAGAACUCACAUUAA